UUUUCUCAGAAAGGAAAUUCGCCCUCAUCUCUCCCCAUCCAGCUGCUGGCCUCUCGCACAGAACUCCCAACAAAGAGUCCUCCACGUAGUUUCAUCUAUCUUCAUCGAUUCCCCCGUUCAAUCUAGGAAGCAUGGCUACCAUCAGCGCCAUAGCUGCGCGCCAAUCCUCCAUCAAGCCUCGCGCAGGAGGCGCUACAACAGACUCCGUCGAGACAACAGAAACCGUCAUCGUCAUUCUCCCUGACGGAUCCAUUCGUCUCUUCGCCGACGACUCGUCAAGCCAGACCGGAGAGAAAUUGUCGGCCCAGAUCGUCCUAUCCGAGUAUCCCGACAUGCACCUCACCGUGACAUCGCCCCGGGAUGAGUUUCGGGAAGUCGUGUCCCUCUUAUCUCCAACCUCCCCGCUCGUGCCGGGAGAAAUCUACUGUCUCACGCCUAAGCGCCACGCCGCGCCGCCUGCCAUUUCUCCGCCAUUCACCCCGCCUCGCACCUCCGGCUCUCGCGACGUCACGUCCCCGUUUCUCCCGCCGACUUUUGAGGCGCCUCAAAAAUCGUCCCCGUUUCUCCCGCCGACCCGACGCCUCCGAGGCGCGGCCUCGAGUAACGCAAAUACGCUCGCGCGCAGCGUGCAUCGGGAUCUGCGCGCGGCGGUGGAGACAGUCGCGAGGGUCUCGUCGCCCGGAUGCUGCAAUGUGCGACGCGAACGGGAGGAACGCAUCGCAAAACGAAUCGCCGAGUCGGGGCUCGGUUUCGCCGCGCCAAGAAACGCCGUAGGUGCGAAUCGACGCAGCAGCGUCUGUUCGGCCGCACGCGGAGAGGCAGAGGACGAGGAGGAAGCGGGCGAUUCGAUGGAGCAGCUCGGACUGUUCAAGUCGAAGUCAGUUGAGAUCCCUGCACUUUCCGAAGAGAUUUAUAUCGCGGACGUCCCGGCCAGCCUACCAGCGGCAGCCACAACCGCAGCCAACACUCCGCCUUCCGCGUCGCGCGAGGGGUCAUCUGUCAAAGCUAAUGUCCUCGCGACGCUCGCGCAAUUCAAGCCCCGCAGUUUCCGGCGCUUCCCUUCCUUCGAGAAGAAUCUGCAGUCCGCGUCUGCCGCCGCCAAUGGCGCUGACGCCGAGGCGGCGAUGGUGCACAGCGCGUCCGAGUCAGCGCAGGACUGUGCUGACGUGGACACGCGGAUUGGCCACCGACAGCCGCGGAACGGCGGCGGCGGCGACGGCGCACGAGCAGGGGGGUACGCGCAGAACGGCGUCGCAUGGGCGGCGCCGUCGCAGAUCACUUGGGGCGACCAACACGGGAGUCGCACAGUUUCCGUGCGACCGGGCGCUGAUUUCGCCUCCCUUCAAAGUCAGCGCUCUCCGCCAUUGACUACCGAGCACAGCGUUCCGCUUUGCUCGAGCAUUUGCCGGAGUUGCAAUGGCAUCAGUAACUGCUGCUCCUGCGAAGUGCAGUGCGCGCCUCAAGCUGACCUAUUCGUGCGACCAGCCUCUGUGCGUUGCGACGCGCUGCAGUCGUCGCAGUGCCGUCCCAACGCGGCAUUGGAAAACAGGAGAAGCGCGGCAGACUACAACGAGUACGUCAUGCCGCCAAGGAGCCAGGUGUUUCUGUCUGAACCCUUGGCAGGGCGCGCCAUUUUCUAAAAGGCAGGUAUAAAUUCUGACAAAACCGCGCGACCUUAGCUAUAUCCUGAUAAUAAAGCGCCUCCCGCGCUCUUUAUGUAAAUCCCUGAUCCGCCGACAGAUGACGGCAGUCCGAUUUGUAGCAGCGAGCGUCGCCCUUCGUAGCAGCGUUUUUGGGAUUCGCGAAGGCCAUAAUUGCCUCUCGCGGCUGGGAAGUGUUCUGUAUGUACUAGAUUUUUUCAUUUCAAGC